AUGGACUACUUUCUGGAAAAGCCUCUCACCUUGGCUUGCGGGCUAACCAUUUCCAAUCGGCUUGUCAAGGCUGCCAUGGCAGAAGGACUGGGUCGCAAGGAUACAAGGAAUCUACCCGCAGGCAGAGAGUGUCUGGACGUGUAUGGAGAAUGGGCAAAUGGAGGCUGGGGCCUCGUCAUCACAGGAAAUGUCCAGAUUGACCCAGCACAUCUUGGUGGACCCAACGACUUUGCUAUCGACAGCACACUUCCUUCUCACACGACCCUCGCAGCGUACACUGCAUGGGCGCACGCAAGUUCGCGCAAUAACACCAAAGCCAUUGUUCAGCUAUGCCACCCAGGCCGGCAAAUCGCAUUCCAUAAGCGCCGAACCAUUGCUCCGAGCGCUGUUCCGAUGAACCUCGGCGACUCAUUUGGUCCAAAUUUGCUCAAUAAGCUCGUGUUUGGCACGCCCCGUGAGAUGACGGCCGAAGAGAUUCGAGACGUGAUCAACAGAUUUGCAGGGGCAGCCCGCAUCGUGGCUGAUGCAGGGUUUGCCGGUGUAGAACUGCAUGGCGCCCACGGGUAUCUACUCACCCAGUUCCUCUCUCCGGUUACCAACUUGCGCACCGACGAGUACGGCGGCAGUGCUGCUGCGCGUGCUAAGAUCGUAGUGGAUAUUAUUCAGGCAAUCCGCCAAGUUGUGCCAGCAACAUUCUGCGUUGGUCUGAAGAUCAACUCAGUGGACGUUGGCAGCAAGGGCGCGUUGGCGGAGUGUAUUGACCAGCUGAGACUGAUCACCGAAACCGGUGGGCUUGACUUCCUAGAGGUGAGCGGAGGCAGCUUCGAGAACCCGACCUUCAGCACCGGCGUUGGAGACGCCACAAACACGGGCGCCAAGGCUAGCACUCUCGCGAGAGAGGCAUUCUUCCUCGACUUUUCGACUGCCAUUCGCAAGGCCCUCACUACCGUGCCUCUUCUCCUUACAGGCGGCUUCCGCUCACGCAAGGGAAUGGAGGCAGCUCUCAAAGGUGGAUGCUGUGAUUUGGUUGGACUUGCACGACCGUCAGUGUUGGAUCCGCUAUUACCACGACGAAUUCUUCUGAAUAGAGUUUUACCGGAUGAUGAGGCCAUGGUAAUUGCGACACGAGUUCCUGAAGGCAACAUGGCCAAGAAGCUCGGAGUAGAGCUGCUCGGCGUUGGUGCGGAAAGGGAUUGGUACAUUGAACGUAUGCAUCGAAUCGGCUCCAUCAAGACAUCGACGUUGAUUACGGCCGCCGAUACCAAGAUCGGCACCUCAAUUCUUCGUCGAUUUCUCUCGCAACGAGGCCUUGCACAACUACAACAUGGCAUCUAUUUAGCUGGGGACAUUGCUGAUGUCAAGAAGACGCUUCUAGAGAAUGCAAGACCACAACACUCUUACGAGACGAUGCGUCUGGAUCAAUCCAGCGUCGCAUCCGUUCGAAGAGUGGCAAGCGACAUCAACAAACGGGUGGCAGCCGGAUUCAUGCCGCCGAUUCAAGCUUUGGUAUUGACCAGCGACCAGAACCAGUCAGCUAACUUCCUUCUGUGCCUCUUAUUGUUGCAAAGCAUGGACAAGAACCGCGGCAGGAUUAUAGCAGUAAGGAGCAAGCCAGACAGCGCAAAUCUUCUCGAUGAAGAAAAAGACUCUGCUUCCAAGUUGUACGAGUCUAGAAUCUGGCCGUAA